AUGGAGGAGGUCUUGAAGCAAUAUCCGAAACCAGUUGGGCUUGAGAAGAUUCAAUUUGAUCAUGUCCCUAUUUUUUCCGUCGUGGGCCUACAGUUGUCGAUGUUCCAGGAACCAUGGAGCCACGGUGUACCCGUUGUGGUCACACACAUCGAUUCUGUUUUUCAGGGCAACUGGGGUCCUGCCUAUUUUAUAGAGAGCUAUGGAUCUAGACCAGUUGUGGUUCAGGAUUGCGAGACGGAAACAACGCGGAAUACUACAGUCAAAGACUUCUUUAUGAAUUUCGGGAUUUCUGAUAGAAGGUCCUCCAUCCUGAAGCUUAAGGACUGGCCUCCCCAAAAAGCAUUCAGUACUGAAUUCCCUGAGCUGUUCAAAGCUUUCAUAGAUGCUGUGCCAUGCCCUGAUCUGGCACGUUUAGACGGUGUCCUCAACUUGGCUGCUCACUUCCCUCUGAAUGGACUUGCUCCUGACCUAGGGCCCAAAAUGUACAAUGCUUUCGCGUCCCCUCAAGACAAUGAGCAUCAUGGCUCCACGAAGUUGCACAUGGAUGUGACCGAUGCGGUCAAUAUCAUGCUGUGGGCGGCAAGUAAUCACGAUGGAAAAGCAGGUUCUGCACUUUGGCAUAUCUUCCCAGCUAGUUCAGUGGCAGUCCUUCGUAACUUCCUUCGUGAGCAUGGAUUUACUGCAUUGGGAGAUCCAAUACACUCUCAAAGCAUGUAUCUCACACCGGGAUUGCUCGAUCUUCUUGCAACGUAUGGGGUCCGACCGUAUGUGAUACACCAACAUCCGGGGCAAGCCGUCUUCAUACCUGCAGGUUGCCCUCAUCAGGUCAGCAACGAGGUGGAUGCCAUCAAAAUUGCAUGCGAUUUCCUCUCGAUAAAUAAUGUCAGGGAAACUCAGGAAGUAGUAUCCCAACUCCGCUACCAGCGCCUGCAGAGUGGUUUUGGGGAUGAUGUUCUCCAGUUCUUCACAACACUCUGGUAUACCUGGAAGUCACUUUCUCAUAUGUCUGAACUAGUUGCAGUCCCGGACAUUUUCAUUGUCGGAGGUGAUACUCACUCGGAACCCCCGGCUACUAGCGAAGACAUUCUUGCGGAGGAGCAAGAGAACGCCCUCAGUUUCGACACCCUUGCCAUUACAUCGCCGGGUACUCGACAGAUUCAUGAGAUUUGUUCGCCAACUGCAUCACACCUCACGCAGGGUAGGGAUACCUUGUCUCAUCUCGAGGAGAAGAAGAAGAGACGAAAGGAGAAGAAGCAUGCAAAAGCCCACUCGCAACGUCCCCAAAAGCCUGGAUUUGACUUUACCUGUCCGAUUCCUCAUUGUGCUGGUUAUUACCAUAGAGCCGGCCUCCUUGACCAUUUGUGA